GUGGUGGUGGUGGUGGGUAGUGUUGGUGUUGAAGUACAGUGGAUGCUCUCGUACUGUGUCGGGUGUCCAGGAGGUAGCGAGCGGUCGCGACGGAGGUACAUAGCGCCACGAGGGAGGUGUUGUUGGGUGAGAUACACACGCGCGUCGCGCGCGUGCGAGGGUGCGGGAAGGGUGGAAGCGAAACUGCUCGGGCGAAGAGGGUGCGUUGCGCCCUGCGUAAACCAACGGAAGUGGUACCGGGCUGAGAGGCCGGCGUGAUCGAGUGGUCCGCAGAGGCCGGAAACGAGGCGGAGGGAAAAGGUGAAUUUUUUCUCGCACGGGUGGCGAAGCAGCGCGGCAGCAGUGAGCGGAGCGGAGUCGCGCGCGAGUGCGAGUACGAGUGUACGCGCGGAUAUGACGAGCGGAUACGCCCGGCGGUUCACGUAAUACGCAACGCAAUCGUCGUGCUCCGCCGCCGAGGAAGAUAUGUGGUCACGGAAGGAGCUUCAUAGCAGCCCAGUGCCGUAGCAUGCCGGCGAGCUGCAGCGCGUGGUGGUGCGUCUCUGAGACACCGCGUCGAUCGGCGUCGAUCGCCGCCAUCUGCGUGGCUAGGCACCAAUCCCUGGAGCGUCGUCGUAGGAGAAAAAGAAGAACGUGUGAUCAUCGUCGUAGCACAGGAAGCACGGAGCUCGAUACCAGUGACCGAUGAGCGCGGGGGGGGAUGGGGGCUCGGUCUUGGGCCCAUCUGCUCGGCUGCCGGGGGCCCAGCCGAUUGCCGCGACCCCCUACAUCGCAAUCCCCCCCAACGCCGGCCAGCAACCUAACGUCGGUGGUGCGAUGGAUGCAACGCAAUUGGCGAACAUGCAGCCGCCGCCAUCGCAGAUGGGCCCCGGGGCCGCCGGCGCUGUCUCCAAAUCGGCCCAGAAGAAACCCGUCAGACGGGGGGCUAAACCGCCACCUGAUAGACCCGUUCGGGCGCUCUUCUGUCUGGCCCUCACGAACCCUGUUAGGAAGCUAUGUAUCAAGGUCGUCGAAUGGAAAGCCUUUGAAUAUCUCAUCCUUAUGACGAUAUUUGCAAACUGCGUCGCGUUGGCUGUUUAUACGCCGUAUCCUUGUAGCGAUUCUAAUCUGACCAACCAAUAUUUGGAGAAGAUAGAGUACGUUUUUCUUGUGAUUUUUACGGUGGAGUGCGUGAUGAAGAUCAUAGCUUAUGGCUUCGUCGCGCAUCCAGGAGCUUACCUCCGUAAUGGCUGGAACUUGCUGGAUUUCACGAUAGUCGUGAUCGGAAUGGUAAGCACGGUGUUGACGAUACUUAUGAAGGAGGGUUUCGACGUCAAGGCCUUAAGGGCGUUUCGUGUUUUACGUCCUCUUAGGCUGGUUUCCGGUGUUCCAAGUCUUCAGGUAGUCCUAAACUCCAUUUUAAGGGCGAUGGUACCACUUUUGCACAUUGCUUUGUUAGUUCUCUUCGUCAUCAUCAUUUACGCCAUCAUCGGCCUCGAGCUAUUCUCCGGGAAAAUGCACAAAACAUGCCGGCACAACAUAACCGACGAGAUAAUGGAGAAUCCGAUACCAUGCGGCUCCGGAGGCUUCCAGUGCAGUCAGUCCUACUACUGCAGCAAACAAUUUUGGGAGGGCCCUAAUUACGGCAUCACAAAUUUUGACAAUUUUGGACUGUCCAUGCUCACGGUCUUCCAAUGCAUUACCCUCGAAGGCUGGACGGACGUGCUUUACAAUAUCGAGGAUGCGAUGGGAAAUUCGUGGCAAUGGAUAUACUUCAUUUCAAUGGUCAUCCUAGGGGCUUUCUUCGUGAUGAAUCUAAUUCUCGGUGUGUUGUCCGGUGAAUUUUCUAAGGAGAGAGAGAAAGCAAAGGCGCGCGGCGACUUCCACAAGCUCAGGGAAAAACAGCAGAUCGAGGACGAUCUUAGGGGUUACCUCGACUGGAUAACGCAAGCCGAGGAUAUCGAGCCAGAAACCGAUGAACCAAAAAUGUUACAAGAUGGAAAAACUAAGCAGCAAAAUGAAAUAGAAAGCACAGACCAAUUGGAGGGUGACGAGGAAGGGGUCCAACAAGAGUCCAUUUACAAAAAGAAAAAACGAGAUUUAGAAAGAGUCAACAGGCGGAUGCGAAGAGCCUGUAGAAAGGCUGUGAAGUCCCAGGUCUUCUAUUGGCUCAUCAUAGUUCUAGUCUUCUUGAAUACUGGUGUUCUCGCCACAGAGCACUACGAUCAGCCAAAAUGGUUGGACCACUUUCAAGAAAUCACGAACAUGUUUUUCAUCGUGCUGUUCUCCAUGGAGAUGAUAUUAAAAAUGUACAGUUUAGGCUUUCAGGGUUAUUUCGUCUCGUUGUUCAAUCGUUUCGAUUGCUUCGUCGUAGUCGGUUCGAUCACCGAAAUGAUACUUACACAUACACAUGUAAUGCCGCCUCUUGGCGUUUCCGUACUUCGUUGCGUCCGGCUGCUCAGGGUAUUCAAAGUAACGAAAUAUUGGAGAUCACUGUCGAAUUUAGUGGCCUCUUUAUUGAACUCGAUACAAUCGAUUGCCUCGCUGUUGCUCCUGCUUUUCCUUUUCAUCGUGAUCUUCGCUCUUCUGGGCAUGCAGGUCUUCGGUGGAAAGUUCAAUUUCAGUGAUAUGGAGGAAAAGACGCGCCAUAAUUUUGAUAGCUUUUGGCAGAGUUUACUCACCGUAUUUCAGAUAUUAACCGGUGAGGAUUGGAAUGCUGUGAUGUACAUCGGGAUUCUAGCUUAUGGUGGCGUCGCCGGUAUCGGCGUACUCGCCUGUGUUUAUUUCAUUAUUCUCUUCAUAUGCGGUAAUUAUAUCCUCUUGAACGUGUUCUUGGCUAUCGCCGUCGACAAUCUCGCUGAUGCAGAGUCCCUGACUGCCAUCGAAAAGGAAGCCGAGGAGGAGGAGAAAAAUAAAUCUCGCAGCGGCUCGCCGGCAAGGGACGAAGUCAGCGGCGAAGUUGGUGAUGAUGGUGGUGAGGGGACCGGUGGAGAAGACGAGGGCGCCGGCACAGAUCUCGAACAUGAUCCUAACGAGACAAUGGAGGACUAUGAGGCUGCACUCGAUACCGAAACAUCAGAGAAAAGUGAAGAUAUGAAUACGCAUAAAGUGCGACUCAACGUUGAGUCCGACGAAGAAGUUGAAGAAGAGGAAGAAGAGGAAGACGAGCCAGAAGAAAUGCAAGAUGAGGAGCAGGAAGUGACAGCUAGACCGCGAAGAAUGUCCGAGUACAAUACGGCCACCAAGAAGGAACCGAUCCCGGCUGGUUCGGCAUUCUUUAUUUUUUCAAGCACUAAUAGGUUUCGUGUGUUCUGCCACUGGUUCUGCAAUCAUAAUUAUUUCAGCAACGUGAUACUGAUUUGCAUUAUGAUUUCCUCUGCCAUGUUGGCCGCCGAAGACCCACUGUCAACCACGUCUGAGAGAAAUCAGAUAUUGAAUUGCUUUGACUACUUCUUCACUGCUAUUUUCACAAUCGAAAUCUGCCUUAAAAUGAUUUCAUAUGGCUUCAUUAUCCAUGAAGGCGCGUUUUGUCGAUCAGCUUUCAAUUUGCUCGAUCUUCUCGUCGUUUGCGCUUCUCUCGUUUCCAUGACAGUCAAAGCUGGCGCAUUUUCUUUCAUCAAAGUGCUCCGAGUGCUCCGUGUACUGAGGCCGCUACGUGCCAUUAAUCGCGCUAAAGGAUUGAAGCACGUAGUACAGUGCGUCAUCGUAGCGGUAAAGACUAUCGGAAACAUAGUCCUCGUCACCAGCCUCCUGCAGUUCGUGUUCGCCGUCAUUGGCGUACAGCUCUUUAAGGGCAAGUUUUUCUAUUGUACCGAUGCAUCGAAAAUGUCGGAGGAAGAUUGUCAGGGUACUUAUUUGGAAUUCGAAAACAGUAAUAUUGACAAGCCGAUCGUAAAACAUAGAGAGUGGCAACAACAUCGUUUUCAUUUCGAUAAUGUUGCCAAGGCGAUGUUGACCCUCUUUACAGUCUCGACUUUCGAAGGUUGGCCAUCACUGUUAGAGUGGUCAAUCGACUCGAACGAAGAAAAAAAAGGACCAAUUCAUAACUUUCGGCCAAUAGUGGCCGCCUAUUACAUCAUCUACAUCAUUAUUAUCGCAUUCUUCAUGGUGAACAUCUUCGUCGGUUUCGUUAUUGUCACCUUCCAGAAUGAGGGCGAGCAAGAGUACAAAAACUGCGAGCUCGAUAAAAAUCAGAGAAAUUGCAUCGAGUUCGCGUUGAAAGCUAAGCCUGUGCGCCGAUAUAUACCGAAGCAUCGAAUACAAUACAAAGUCUGGUGGUUCGUCACCUCCCAACCAUUCGAGUAUACAAUAUUCACGUUAAUUAUGAUCAACACUGUGACACUCGCGAUGAAAUUUUAUCGACAACCGCAGGUCUACACGGAUGUCCUGGAUGUUCUCAAUAUGAUCUUCACCGCUGUGUUCGCUCUCGAGUUUGUGUUUAAGUUGGCCGCAUUUCGAUUUAAGAAUUACUUCGGCGAUGCGUGGAACGUAUUUGACUUUGUUAUCGUGCUCGGAAGUUUCAUCGAUAUCGUUUAUUCGGAACUUAAACCCGGAUCCAGCAUUAUUUCCAUUAAUUUCUUUAGACUGUUUCGUGUAAUGAGAUUGGUCAAGUUAUUGAGCAGAGGGGAGGGUAUCCGAACACUUUUAUGGACGUUUAUCAAGUCUUUUCAGGCCUUGCCCUAUGUCGCUCUUCUCAUUAUAAUGCUCUUUUUCAUUUACGCUGUAAUAGGCAUGCAGGUCUUUGGAAAGAUCGCGAUAGACGACGAUACGGCGAUAAAUCGCAAUAACAAUUUCCAAUCCUUUCCGCAAGCUGUAUUGGUUUUGUUUAGAUCAGCAACAGGUGAGGCGUGGCAAGAAAUAAUGAUGGAUUGUUCAUCGCAACCAAGUGUCAAAUGUGAUUCUAACAGCGACGAACACAACAACAAGACACUCAACAACAUCUGCGGGUCGGACAUUGCAUUUCCUUACUUCAUAUCCUUCUAUGUUCUCUGUUCAUUUCUCAUCAUUAACCUUUUCGUCGCCGUUAUUAUGGACAAUUUCGACUACUUAACGAGAGACUGGUCGAUUCUCGGGCCGCACCACUUGGACGAGUUUAUUCGCCUGUGGUCCGAGUAUGAUCCCGACGCUAAGGGUCGAAUUAAACAUCUCGACGUGGUAACGUUACUAAGGAAAAUAUCGCCACCCUUGGGUUUCGGAAAGUUGUGUCCCCAUAGGGUAGCUUGCAAGAGACUCGUCUCAAUGAACAUGCCGCUCAACAGUGACGGCACUGUAUUGUUCAACGCGACUUUAUUUGCCGUCGUGAGAACUUCACUAAGGAUAAAGACGGAGGGCAACAUUGAUGACGCAAAUGCCGAACUUAGGGCGGUAAUCAAGAAGAUCUGGAAGAGGACUAGUCCAAAGCUUUUAGAUCAAGUUGUACCACCACCUGGAGUGGACGACGAGGUGACGGUCGGUAAAUUUUACGCGACCUUCCUUAUUCAGGAUUAUUUCCGUCGAUUCAAGAAACGUAAAGAACAGGAAAUGAAGGACGGUGAUAGAGAUUGUCACAACACCGUGACUCUUCAAGCCGGGUUGAGAACGUUACACGAAGCUGGCCCUGAAUUAAAACGCGCGAUUUCCGGUAAUUUAGAAGAACUCCUCGACGACAAUCCGGAACCUAUGCACAGAAGAAAUCACUCGCUCUUUGGCAGCGUAUGGUCCAGCAUGCGAAAAGGACACCACUUUCAUAGAGCGAAAUCGCUGAAGGUUAAUUCUACCGCUGCGAAGGCUUCUCCGACCAAUUCCAUAGAUUUUCUACCGUAUGCCUCGUUACGGAGAACCGCCGUCACGGAUGUCACCAGACAAAUCGCUCAGCAAAUUGUGCCAAAUAUAGCAGGUGGUUUAAGCGAUGGCGCGAUGAAUCAGUUGGGAACUGAUUUGCGACUGGCAGUCGAAGAGAAUAUACCUCUAAGACCACUCGCUGUCUUCGGUAAUCCGGCACAACAAACGUCUUACAAAGUGGUCGAUCUUCAGGACGGAAUCGAGCGGCAGUUGACGCCACCCACGCCUCCACCGCGACGGAACGCACCGUCCUCGUCCACCGGUACUCCGAUCAUCGGCACCGUCGGCGCCGUGCACACCCCUGUCGUCACAGCGGCAGCAACGGCAGCGACGGCAGCCACCGCAGCAGCAUCUGCGGCGGCCGGCACGACGAGCGGGUCGAGCGUCGCGACGACGACGAUCACCACGUCGUGUACCACGAGCGCGAACACCUCGACCACCGCGACGAGCUCAAGCCCCGCUUCCUCGUCAAACGGGACGAACUGUUAUUAUACCUACGCGUCGCGAGGCUGCUGCGUCGAUUGCGCAGUCUGGAGCAAUCACGCCAUAGACGACUGUGACGAUGAGGACACGUCAACCGGAAGCGGAUCGAGUGAUUCCGGCAAGUGGAACCCGCACUCGGAGGGUGGCGUGGCGCGAGGCACGACAGGGAAACCCCAUGUCACCGUGUUGGGCGGCCGGUCGUCGAAGCACCGGGCUAAGGCCCGUCAUGAUGCUGCGACCGCCGGUGGCAAGUCGGCUCCAGCGAGCUUCCGGUCGCGGGAUGAAGCCGCUGCAGCCGCCACGGCCGGUGCCGCUUCGUCGUCAGGUCCUGGCUCGCGCACUGUCGCCAAUGGCCUUAAAAUGGCACAGAACCAAGCGAUCGCCGUGGCCGGCUUCCUCGCCGAUGUCGAUUCGCGACAAUGGCGCGUCUGCGCCUCCUGCUUGUCACACCGAGCGUCAUCCUACCACGGCAGAGUUUCCUGGGCCAGAGAGAGUAAUGGAAGCGUCGGCGCAGAGCGCCUGUCCCACAGUAUGCCCGGCAGUCCUGCGGAUCGGAAGCCGAACUUUGAGGUCAUUGGAAGCGCGGAAAGCCUCGUUGGACGGGUCCUGGUGGAACAAGGUCUGGGCAAAUUCUGUGAUCCGGAUUUCGUACGAUACACGUCGCGUGAGAUGCAAGAGGCGUUGGACAUGACGCGCGAGGAGAUGGAUCAGGCAGCUCAUCAGUUACUCCUUCAGGAGCGACGUGGUCAGCCAUUGACCUAUGAGUUACAGCAGGGCGCGGAGCAGCAACAGCUGCAGCCGUGGAGCACCCAACAACAGACCACAACCGGUAUCGGUUAUCAACCAUUACAGGAACAGCCACCGAGUCAGCCGGUCUAUCGCCAGCUGCACUCUUCCAGCUACCGUCGCAGUAGUAACCGACAACAACAGCAACAGCGACAAUCGCCGUCCUAGCAGGACGAGAAGCUCGCUGCGACGCGAACAUCGUCCACGUAACCCGAAAAUUCUUACUCCCCCUCAUUGGGAGUAGUCGCCGAAAGAUCGAGAUCACCAGUUAACAUGAAGUAACUGCGAAGAAACAUCGUGACCUCCUCGUCAGGAUCUGAAUCAAUCGCGUGAGUUCGAUGGAUUCAGACUGCACGGGGUUUAAUCGCCAUUGUUGUUGUUGCUCGAAAAGCAUUGAGGACGCUUUAUAAACUGUUCUGAAUAUGUAUAGUUGUAGUUAGGUGCGGAUUGAGAGAUGUCACUCGACAAAACGCUGGUUUAAUUUAAGAAAAAGCGGGCCAAAAUCAUGACGAAGGGCGACCGCUCGAUGUCGAGAUGUUCAUCCCGUGAUACGCCAAUGAACGCGUAUUUUCGUUCGAGCAAAUAUUUUCUAACCGAACGCGCGUGUUUAUCCGACAUUUUUGAGUCAUGCGAAUCGCUCGCUAACUUGACAUGAUAUCUCGGACGAGAUGCGUGCGAGUUAUGAUAGAGCGAAGCAAGUUGCUGUUCGUUUAGGCACAAGAAUAUAUAGACUUUUAAGAUGUAUUUUCGCCGCGAAUGAUCGGAAUGAUCUAAGGAAUCAUCGCGGCGCGGAACUUCAUUUUUUGAUGUCGAACGAUCGCGAGAUUAAAAUCGACGGAACAUCCCGGGAUCUGGACUCCCGACGGGAUUGAGUUUAUUUCUCUAGUAACAAUCCUGUAGAAAUUUGUUUUGAUUUAACGUUAAUCUCUAUUUUUGAUUUCCGGUUCGAUUCUUUCUGAUCAAGGGAGAUACGGCGAACGCCGCGUGUCCUCCACAU